AUGAAAGCCCGCACAACCUUUGCCACUUCACUCGUCGCAGCUUGCUUGAUCACCGCGACUUCUGCCAGGUUGUUCUCUCCUAACGCGCCAGACGCACAGGCAAAGAUUAUCCUUCCAGGAACACCCAACAACGUCAUGGCAGGCAGCGGCUCAGUAACCAUUUCCGACGUGCUCGGCAGAGAACGCAACAUCAACAUCUUUGCUGGCUUCACUCGUGAUAUCGAAUCCGUAUCGAGACGCCUCGAGGCCGGCUCGCACAACACCACUCUGCUCGCGCCGCUCAACUCGGCCAUCACGAGACUACCUAGAAAGCCAUGGGAGGAUCCACAAGACUACGCUGCCUUGGGUCAGAAUGCAUACGACGGCCAGAGUGGCGAGGACAGAGCACACAGAAACCUGAGACGCUUCGUAGAAGCCCAUGUGGUACCAGAGUCGCCCUGGGCUGAGGGCCAGAAGGUACAAACGCUGGGAGGAGAUACCGUCUGGUGGGAAGAGAAGGACGGAAAGAAACUGGCAAGUCUCGCCUUGCCCUCCGUCAGUCGCCAACUAACACAGACAUUANNGAUCCAGCCUGGAGGCAUCGAAGUUUCGAGCAUUCCUAACAAGGUCGCCAAUGGAGAAGUCUGGGUCUUGGAAGGCGCUCGUAACUAUGCUUAG